AGAGGGCUCCUCGGACGGCACAGACGAGAAGACGUCGGCUAAGGACGCUGCUCUAGAAAAGGCUGGGACAACAUCGGAGCCGGAAAAGGGCGCCGAGGCGGUCAAGGUCAAGGAAGAGGCCGACGAGGGCCUCGAGAUGAAGAAGGACGCAUGAAAGACACGAAAUGAAUGCCCCCAUGAGGAACCCGAUUAUAUCACCAUGAAUGAAUGACGGUUGCGGGCCGGGUUGGAAGGGUGGAGAGGGGAAGGGGAAGGGGGAAGGGGGGCGUUGCUUUCAGGGGCCCAGGGAUGGAUGGAUUGAUGGAUGGAUGGGAUCAGGAACCGGCGGGAAAGAAGGACGUGGGGCCUGCAGCCUUUUUUUCCCCGCUUUUUUUGUCCCUUCUCCACUGUUUGUUAUUUUUUGUCGACUUACCCCAGCUGUUUAUUCUUUUUUGUGUUUGUUGUUGUUCUUGAUUUGCGCCUUCGCCCUCUCCUCCCCCCUUUUGUCCCCUCAAGCCAUAUUCGGGGUGGUUGGUCUGUGUAAUAGCCGGCCGGUCGUCAUCAAACGUGCAUCCAUCUAUCUGUCUUUCUGCAUCUCUCUCCCGCCUGUCUUAACUUUUGUUCCCUCGAUCUUCCUCAAAUCUAUCCCUGUGGCCAUGCAGCAACAAAACACACACUUGAACCUAAUGAUAUCUGUAUUAUUGAAACCCUACUUUUCCCUCCUACCCAUUCUUUGUGUUGUUAUUGUUGUCGUGGCCGUCUGUCUGUGCGGGGUGCGUGGAAGCGUGACUUGAUGUGCGGAUGAUCGAGUGGUUGGGAGGGUAUGGCAUGCGGCAUGAAGACCCUCGAAUACCCCUGGUCGAAUACUACACGAGGAGGAAUAGAGAAAUAGGGGAAAGAGAGAGAGAGAGAAACAAGGAAAAUAUAGAAGAAUAACAAAAGAGCUCGGCUUCCCUUAUA